GUACCCCUAGUGUAAUUUUAGUCGAUAGCGAAACGUGACGUACGCGUUUGCGUUAAGUCUCAUUUUGUAUGGGUUUUUGAACAGCGCGCCAAGCGGGACGUUUUGGAAAGUCAAAAAUCUCAUACAAAAUGACACUUAACGCAAACGCGUACGUCACGUUUCGCUGUCGAAAAUAUUUACACUAGGGGUACUGAUGUGCUCCGAGUGUUUACAUAUUCUGGUUUAAACGCUAAUUGUUUCAUAGUUACAAGAAGGAUUGUCUACAUUUUUUAUAUUUUUCUGUGAUUAAAUCUGUGAAUUCAGUGGUUGAAUUGCCAAAGUGGUGAUAUAGUUUACAAAAGAAUAAAAUUUCACACAAUGAAUACCAAUACAGAAUUGCCACAAGUACACACGUCCGUACAUUUACCUUCUACGAGACGUACUUGUAGAGACUCCAGAAGAUAUAUGACUUCAGAUUUACCACCAUCAUACAACUCUCUUUACGCGCCUACAAAUACCGUAGAGGAGGCAGUUCCGAGGUGUGAGUCUGAAGAUGAAGCUGGAUUUCUGGCCUACGAAUACUGCUUCGAAGACAAAACUACCCGCAUUGGGUUCAUUCAAAAGGUCUUGGGCCUAAAAUUGCUGCAAAUGUUAUUCAUGACUGCUAUUAUAGCGGGAUUUUGGGCAAACACAGUGGAUAUCAUCAGAUUUAUGUAUAGAGGGAACCACCUCAGAGAUCUUAUGUUGGUGUCAAACGUGGUGUUUAUAUUGGUCUACGGGAUGAUGGUCGCUUGUGGCAGGAUUCGUCGAAGAAGUCCGUACCGAUACUUGUUCCUUGUGGUACUCCCUCUAAGCCUGUCAGUUUACAUCAGUGUAUGGACCAUUUUUUGGCACUUAUUGGCUCCGGUUCUCCUGUUCUGUGUCUACUACUGUAUCGUAUUAUUUGCCUUGUUGCUAUACAGUAUCUUCGCAUUGCAAACUAAACUACAGUUUAAUACCAAAUACUGCAUCCUAAUCGCUAUUGGUACGCAAAUAGUUCUAUAUGCUGUCACCGUUUCCAUCCUCAAAAUUAAUUCCAUCAUCAACGCUAUUAUAUUUAUUGUCUACAUCUUGUGCCCGACUAUUAUUUUGAAAUUGGAAUACAUAUACGUCAUCUACAACAUAGAGGCUAUGACUUCCACAUAUUACUGGAACGACAUCACACCAGCCGAUUUUAUCGAUGGCGCGAUAAACUUACAUAUCGACUACUACAAUAUCAUUUAUAAUUUGGUCCUUGCCAAAAUCUGUAACUGCUCAAGAAUUCAUGAUUUGAAUAGUGUUGAGGAGAUUCUCGACAUAUGAAAUUUAGUUGCUUAGCUAUGAGGAUUAAUGUGACAGUUACACAAUGUAGUCAGAAAUUCAUUGUGUCUCAGCAGAUUUCUAGAGUCAAAAUUUCUUUAAAAUCCUGUCUAAAGAUGUAUUGGAAUCUUGAGGCUUCUAAGAUACAUGGCACACCAAGAAUAAGCGGGCAUCUCGCUCGUUUCUUCCCGGAACGUGAAGAAUUUUGAACGAGUUGCCUCCUGAGGUAUAUCCUUUGCGCUAUGACAUGGGAUUCUUCAAGAUGCUGGUAUUCAGUGUUCUUAAGGGUUGCAACCGAAGAGGCUCCUCUGAUGUCAUUCGUAUCCAUGGGCGGUGGUGACCGCUUCCCAUCAGGCGGCUCGUCUGCUCGUUUGAAACUAUAACAUAAAAAAAGUUUGGAAGGAUGUGAAAAAGGCGAUGGAAAUGAAAAACUGCUGCAUUCCGAUCCGAUUACGUAUACUACGUAAGAUAAAGAUAUACCAGAUACGUACCUACUAAUAUGUAGUUGUAAAAAUGUGUGAUAGAGGCUGAACUAAGAAAACCUAGUGAUUACUGUUUAUAUUUUCUAUUCUGUUAUAAAUAAUAAGCAAAUGAGUAAAUGUCAUCUAAAAAUUGUGUUAUUAUUAUUUGAUACUUACUCUCUUCAUUCAGGCUUCAUUUAUCAUCUUUCUUCUUCUUUUCAUCCUUUUACCCCCUGCAGGGGUGUAGGGCUCGAACCAUUUUCUUCCACUGACUCCGGUCCUGGGCAGCUUGGGUAACCUCCUCCCACCCCAUUCCCAAUACACCCAACUCUUGCUCCACGGAAUGGCACCAAGUAGAUUUAG